AUGGAAACCAGCGACAUUACGCCAGCAGAGCUUGUGCUGCUCCGCAAGCUGCGCGUGCUGCAAUCACGCAUUGACCAUCGCCAUCACCAUCAUUCCAACGACCAGGCUCCCAGCACUGAGCCCUACUCGUAUGCCCGGUUCUGUGCAGACCUUGACGUGUCAGACACCUACGUGCUAAGGCUGCUGGAUUUGCUUGUGUGCGAGACGGAGUCCAGUGCGCGUGAGCGCGGAGCUGCAGAAACAGAGCCUAGGAACCCGGCCAAAGAAACGCGCGACGAGCAGGUACGUCAAAGUCAAGAACACGGGACACCAGGAGUUUAUCCUGCAGAUGAAGUUUUGGAUCCACGCGCGGCACCGGCGCAAUAUUCCGCGCGAAUCCACUACGAGUAUGAAACGCGGCGGAGUGAAUUCGGAGGUAAUGACUGGCCUUCAGGUGGCUGGCAGGCAAAUGACGGGUACAGUGCAGAGCUUGAUGAUGAGGACCAGGCGUACUUUUUGACACGGUCGCCGGUUCCGGCGGGUAUUUCAGAUUAUUCAGCGGUGGCGGGUAUUUCCCCACUUUUGUCAGCAGCAACACUAGGAACCACAGGAGCAGUAGCAACAACAGCAAGUGUGGAAGGAGCAAGAGCAACAUCAGCGGCGGCUGAGGCAGAUGCAGCGGCAGCGGCAACCACGGGUGGACUUAAAGUUCAGAGAAAAAGUAGCGGUAAUGUACAGGAAUGCGGGCGCGGCAAAGUUUGUAUGGAUUCAAGUGCUAGGCGGGUAUGUGGAACAAGGUUUGGGCGGGAGGGCGAAGAGGAGGAAUUAGAAGAAGAAGCAGAGGCAGACGAAGAAGAAGAAGAAGAAGAUUUGGAUCAAGACACGGAUUUGAGCGCCAUUUCGCUGGACCAGAGAAGCUACAGCCGGCAAAGUUCAGUAGCAACUGGGUCCAGGAAAGUAUCUUUUUCCAUAGCCGCAGGAAACCAGUCACCGGGUCCACAUUCCUUGUUAGCAUCGCCAGCCUCCAUAAAUUCACCUGCGGCUCUCUCUUUAGCUUCGUUUCAGCUGGGAUCGCCGCACACACGCUCUUACGCUUUACCAAGUAGCGCUCUCUCAACUUCCUCGAUUGUUCGGGUCGCCACCACCGUGAGCUCGAUUUCGUCGCCGGAUCUUUGGUCACCGUCACUAGACUCUGAGUCACCACCUGAUUCCCCCGUCAUUACGUACUACCCAGGAACUGCAGCUGCAGCUGCAACUACAACUACAACUACAACUGGAAACAGGCCAGCAGCAUCUAUGGCAUCCUUUUUGUCCCAGAACCAACAUCGUGGAACAGGUGCCCAGGGACCUUACGCCGAACCCGUGCCGUACCACCGCAGAGGCCCUUCUUCGUUUUCUUCAACCUCGUCGUCUUCAGUUUCGUCCGCAUCAGCGUCAGUAUCAAUAUCAGCAUCUACAUCUACAGCUACAACUGCAGCUGCAGCUGCAACAACAACAACGGCAACAGCAGUACGAUCGAGUACUGCCGCACGAUCUGCUGGACAUCAUAACCAGCACCACACGUUUGGAACGUCACCAGGGUCGUUGACUACAGAUACACACCCUUGGAUCGAGUCCAAUACGUAUGAACAGGAGCUGGUUGUGUCGCGGCGCGGGUCAAUGUGGGACGCGUAUGAUGACCCAUCACUUGAAGGGCUAGUUGUACAAGAGAUUAAUGGAGUUCAGUUGGUUGAGGAUGUUUAA